AUGAAUACGAAUAUGGAACAUACAAAUGUUCAAUUGAUCGAUUUACCUAAUGAAGUACUUCUGAUGAUUUUUAAGAAACUGAACAAUGUUGAAUUACUCUAUUCUCUUAUGGGUAUCAACACACAAUUAGAUAGAAUUAUAUCCGAUUCAGUCUUUACUAAAAACUUAACAUUGGUAAGAUAUUUUUCAAGUGAUCUUAUCUAUCCAUUGAUUGAUAAAAUACUCGAUCGAUUUUGCUCACAAAUAUUACCUCACAUACAUUCUAAAAUUAAUACACUUUAUCUUGAAUCAUUAUCUAUGGAACGUAUUCUUCGUGUUGCUGAUUAUCCUAAUUUACAUAGUCUCGGACUUUACAAUAUUGAUGACAAGACUGCUGAACGUGUUUUUUCAGAUGAAAGUGCUCAGUGUCAUUUCUAUUCAUGUCCAUAUACGUUGAGAUAUUAUCAUAAUAUAACGAAUAGCUUUCAAGGUGGAUUAUUCAAAUGUGUUUGUGAAGUUUCAUUAUUUGAUGAACGUCCAUUUGAACAUGAAUUCUUUAUUUGA